AGCAAGUUCAACUGUCUGCGGAUACAUAAACUGCUUGAAUAUAGGUUAUUGGGACCCUUUUCUGUUAGAACUAAUUCAUUCUUAUAAAGAAUCUAUUUUGGUACUAAGGGUUGCUGAUAAUCAGCAGAUGUUCACAUGACCUAUGUUGCUCGAACUCUUCAAAAAUAUCGAGAGUUGCAUGUCGGAUCUGACACGGUGCGGCAGCAUUUUUAAAGAGUCCGAGCAAAAUAUCACAUCAGACAGUUGUUUGUUGAGGAUGUUACAUCUGAACAAACCUGGACACCUGUACUUACAUUGCCGAAAAGAAUGGUUGAUUACUUCAAAUUCUGUAUAAAAAGAAAUAAAUAAACUGCUAAUCAUUACUUUUUACUUUUCAGAAUUCUUCUACAAAUGGCACCUUCUCAUUUACAAAUUACUUCUUUGCGUAUUAUUUAAGAAGCUAGUCAAUGGAUGAUCUAAUAAAUUAAUCACUUCUUUGGCUACUGAUUAUACUAAUGGUUACUUCUUUCGACUGAAAUCUGCAUUUAAAAUGGAAACAAAGAUAUGAUAAACGACUAGAAUAGAGUAUAAGUAGUCACGCCUUUCUGGUUGUUUGAAAAAAGCAUAACAAGACCAAAACAAACAAACUUGUUUCCAGAAAAAGUUUUAAGUUUUACUAGAAAACCUAUAACAAUGAAGAUGUGCGGCCGCGGGAUCACAACAACUUUAGCCAUCCUUUCUUUCUUUUUUUCCCCUGCUUAUGCUUAUGAUCUCAACCCUCUACAAGACAUAUGUGUUGCAAUUAACGACUCUAAGGCUUCGGUUUUAGUAAAUGGAAAGGUAUGCAAAGACCCAAAGCUUGCAAAUGCGGAUGAUUUCUUUGCAUCAGGUCUUAACGUUAGUGGAAAUGCAGUGCCUCAGUUUGGUUUUGCUGUAAAUAUUGUGGAUGUAAACAAUAUGCCUGGACUCAACACUCUUGGUAUUUCUAUAGUUCGCGCUGACUUGGAACCACAGGGUCUUGUUCCACUUCACACGCACCCUCGAGCUUCUGAGCUGAUAACUAUCUUGGAGGGUACUAUCUAUGCGGGAUUUCUUGCCCCUGAUGCUGCAAACGUCUUUAAGAGUCGUCUCUUCUCCAAAAUCAUGAAUCCUGGCGAUGUGUUUGUGAUCCCACAGGGGCUUAUUCAUUUCCAGUAUAACGUUGGACACAAAAAUGCUACUCUGCUUGCUUCUUUCAACAGUCAAAAUCCUGGAGUUGUCAUGAUUCCUAGUUCAAUCUUUGCUUCAGAUCCACCUAUUUUGGAUGAUGUUCUUGCCAAAGACUUUCAGCUUGAUAAGAAAGUGAUUAAAGAACUUCGAAAGAAAUUCUCCUAGAAUAUGACAAUAAAAAUAUGAUUGUUUUUACUGAAAGUUGUUUGGAGCGCAUUAAAUUCUGGACCGCGCUGCUUUCUAAUGCUUUGUGAAAGCGUUGGAACAAUACAUUAUUCUGUCAUGCUGUUAUUUGUUGAAAAGUGAAAUUAAGUCAAUGAUACGUUGUUAAUGUCUGUCGUGUGAAUCACAAAAUAAUGUCACUAACGCCUACUUUGUAA